GAUUGUUCUACAGGCCGCGGCGAGACCACACACUGUUAAAGCACAGCACUGCAUCGAUUACAUCAGCCAAGUGCAGGGGGUCAACGACAACUCAUUCAUUUCCCCCAAACGUCUUCCACUCACUCGGACAUUCCUCUGCACCAGACAAAACAUCACCAACUCCGAACCGCGCAGCAUCCUGAAAACAACCGACAGUAAAAAUGGCCACCACUGUCAAAACAGUAGUAGCAACAGGUGCUUCAUCCGGUCUGGGCUUCCACGUAAUCAAGCAUCUCCUCUCCCAGACCUCGCAGCCGUACAACUUCAUCCUCGGCGCCCGCGAUGUGUCCCGCACGCAAAAUGCAUACCGAGCUGCAUUCCCCGAGUCCGGGUCCUUGGCCCCCCACUCUCUUGAGAUCCUGCCGCUGGAGCUGUCUGAUCUCAAGACUGUCAAGCGGUUCGCCGAUCAGACGCUGGAAAAGCUCGGCGAGAAGCAGCAGGGCAUUGACUACCUGCUGCUGAAUGCUGGGAUUACCAAUGGGGCGGGGACUGAGAAGCCUGGCCCGGGAGGGAGUAAAUGGUGUGAGGCGUUGGUGGUGAAUCAUUUGUCCCAACAUUACCUAACCCACCUCCUCCUCCCCGCGCUUCUCCGAUCCGACAGGACCGAUACCACCGAUAGCGAAAGCCGCAUCGUCGUAGUCUCCUCGGGCGCCAUCCGCCGCGUCACGGACCCAAGCACGCUCGAAAAGGACCUCCUGGCCGGCUCGGGCAAGGACGGAGACACGGUAUACGCCGAGACCAAGUUCGUGCAGUUGCUCGGGGCGCACUGGUGGCGGAGAAAAUUGAAGGAGACGAGAUGCAAGGUGGUGGCGGUUAGCCCGGGACUGAUUCCCGGGACGGGCAUUGGAAGGGGGAGCGGGAUGGUGUUGAGCAUGGAGAUGAAGGAUGCUAAGAGUGUGGAGGAAGGCGCGCAAAGCAUCCUGCGGGCUUUUAUGCGGGAUGAUUUCCCCGAAGAUCCGGAUCGCAUCUUCCUGACGAGCUGGGGAGAGUGGUGGGAUAGCGAUACUAUCGGGAAGACGCUGGAUAAGGAACUACAGGAUCGAUGGUGUCCUGAGAAGGAGGAGGUUGAGGCGGAAGAGGGUUUGAAGGGCUUGUAGUUUUUGAAGAGGGA